AUGGAUACAACUACAGCACAUAACUAACCUUAAAUUGAAACAUUUGAAUCAAAAUUGAUUACCAUUCAAGGAACUUCUUCUCUUCCCAAUGAACAUGUCUAUCGUAUAAGAAAAACAUUACAUCCAUAAAUUACUGCAAAAUAAUUUCAUUAGAAUAAAACACUUAUCUCAAAUGAAAAUUGCAUUAACCAUUUAUGCCAUAUCUGUAAUAAGCUUUCAUCAACACCUACCACUAAAUAUUGUGCUUGUUAAGACAGAUAAUAUCAUUUAUUAUGCCUUACAACUCAUAUAUAAUUAGAAUUUAAAUAAGGCAAUGGAAUUAUGUAAUGUGCUUAUUGUAAUCUAUAUUAUCCUACAAUUAUACAGACUAAGUACUUAUUAAUUUCAUUUAGCUUAUCAUAUCAAAAUUUAUCAAAAAAGCAGCUUUUCACAUUUGCUUCAGUUUUCUUAAUUUUGCUAAUAUUAUUCAUUGUUGAAAUCACUCUCAUGAUCUUAUUAAAUCUUGAUUUCCCCUUCCAUCUCUUUUUAGCUAUUCUCCUCACUAUAGAAUUGCUAUUCUUACUUAAAAUAAUACAAAGAGUACUAAUCUGUGCUAGAAUUGUAAGAUUUUCAUUUAAAGAAUAUAAAUUUUGCGAUGAAAUUAUUUAAACUUAAUAUGCUUAAAAUUCUUUUAAAAUUAUCUAAGCCAUCAAAAAUAAUAAAGCCAAGUAAUUAUUUACAGAAUGA